AUGCCUCGCUCUAUUCCGCAGUUGGCCUCCACCUCACGCUCCGAGCGGGAUGAGGGCGACACUUCUCAUGCCCGCACGGCUCCACCAUCUCCAACGGCCUAUCGCCGAGCUCAGAGCUACCUCGCCGAACCGCAUACAGGCUACCAGUCACUCGAAUCACAUUUGGAGAUCGGUGAGACAACCAGUCUCUUAGGCGCCGAAAGCCAACGCAGAGCGCCACGGCGGUCCUACACCAGUACAUCGGGUAUCUCAGGUCCGGACUCGCUCCGAUAUCUCUUGACCGCCGGGAGCUUGCGCCGCACUCGCAAUCACAGCCGAAGAAAUUCAACUACGAGAGAUUUCAGUCGCCGAGGGAGUAGUGGAGACGAGAGUAGGCCCGCUAGCUUACCGCCAUCUGCGAAGGACGGUCUGACCGCUUCGUCGUUUCUGGACGAGCGGAUGUGGUACGAUCAAUUCACUUCGACUGAUUGGGUCCAUGACAGCAUUGCCGAUGGCGAGCGUCUCCGCUUACUGCGGCAGCGAAAGGACUUCAGGGGCCGAAUGUUGGCAUGGUUUGACGGUGCGCAGGGCUGGGUUCUGGUGGCUCUCAUUGGAUGCAUCACAGCCGCGAUUGCCUAUUUUGUGGAUGUGACCGAGGAUGCGAUAUUCGAUAUGAAGAUUGGUUUCUGCUCGACAAAUUACUUUGCUGGACGGGAGAAAUGCUGUGAUGGCCUACAUAGCUGCCCUGAAUUCCUUUCUUGGGCGCAAAUCUUCAGCGGCAAAGCGUCAGACAACCAGUGGCUCAAUUAUGCUGUGUUCAUUUUUUGGGUCGUGGCUCUCGCCAUGAUCUCUUGUGCCUUGACUCUCCUUACGAAGACGGUGGUGCCAACGUCAAUCUCAUUAACUACUCUUGACGAGAACCUCGGUGCAGACCGUAACAAGCAAAAUGCUGGGACCCCUGAGUUCGGAUCUCCUUCAUCUCUGACGAGUCCCCACGGCGCCUUCCCCAGCACUCCUCCGCGCCCGGCCAUGGUCUAUUACUCUGCCGCUGGCAGUGGUGUCGCAGAGGUCAAGGUUAUCAACAGCGGCUUCGUGCUUCACGGGUACUUGGGCUUGAAAACUUUAGUCGUCAAGACGAUUGCUCUCAUUUUUAGUGUUUCGUCUGGUCUUAGCCUGGGCAAGGAAGGUCCAUAUGUCCAUAUUGCCACCUGUGUUGGUAAUAUCUGUUGCAGACUGUUCGCCAAAUACAACCAGAAUGACGGCAAGCGACGUGAGGUCUUGAGUGCUAGUGCCGCCAGCGGUGUUGCUGUCGCCUUUGGUGCACCUAUCGGCGGUGUUCUUUUCAGCUUGGAAGAAGUUAGCUACUACUUCCCUCCAAAGACACUGUUCCGGACCUUCUUUUGUUGCAUUGCAGCUGCGUUGUCACUGAAAUUCCUGAAUCCCUACGGAACUGGAAAGAUCGUUCUUUUCUCUGUUCGUUAUCUGACGGACUGGGAAAUAUUCGAAAUCUUCUUAUUCAUUUUCCUCGGAAUUCUCGGUGGCGCACUAGGUGCCUUAUUCAUCAAGGCGUCCAGCUGGUGGGCUCGUUCAUUCCGACGCAUUUCGAUUAUCAAGAGUUACCCUAUGCUGGAAGUAUUCCUUGUCGCAUCCAUCACUGGUAUUGUCAGCUUCUGGAACCGGUACACCAAGUUGCCUGUCACCGAGCUUUUGUUCGAGUUGGCAAGUCCUUGUGACCGAGUCUCGUUCGAAAGCACGGGUCUCUGCCCUCAAGAGGAUGGUAUUCUGGAUGUCAUCCAAUUACUCGUCGCUGCCUUUGUCAUCAAGAGUCUCUUAACUGUCAUCACAUUCGGCAUUAAGGUCCCGGCAGGUAUCUAUGUGCCGUCCAUGGUUGUCGGUGGUCUGAUGGGACGUAUUGUCGGACAUGCAGUGCAGUAUUGGACCAUCAGGAACCCCACCUUCUUCCUUUUUGACUCAUGUCCCAACAUUGCCGGCAUGGAGUCCUGCAUCACCCCUGGCGUCUAUGCGAUGGUUGCCGCUGGUGCUACCAUGUGCGGUGUCACUCGAUUGUCGGUGACGCUCGCCGUCAUUCUUUUCGAACUGACGGGUAGUCUUGAUCACGUACUUCCCUUCUCGCUGGCAGUUCUCUGCGCUAAGUGGACUGCUGAUGCCAUCGAACCCCGAAGCAUCUAUGACUUUUUGACGGACAUGAAUUCAUAUCCCUUUUUGGACAGCAAACUACAACCUGUGACCGACGCAUCCCUUGGGGACAUCGUUCGCCCAUACCGCAAGGAUCGCAUCAUCGAUAUUACAGAAUCUCCUUUUGUCCCUGCGUCGGAUCUCCGCGUCAAGCUUGAGAAUCUCCUAAUGGCCGGAGAGCUUGAUGGCGGACUUCCGGUCCUGUACAAUAACGUGCUCAAGGGCCUGAUCCCUGCUCCAGACCUCGAAUUCGGUCUGGAUGAAUUGGGUGCCAACGAAGACAAUACGCUUUGUCUCAUGUCAUUGGACUCCUCUGUUGCCGUUUAUGAUAGCGAUAACGAGGAUGCCGUCCACGUGGACUUUACUCGUUACAUUGAUCCAGCUCCAAUGGCUCUGGACGUCCAUUCCCCAAUGGACCUCGUGUACCAGUGCUUCGCCAAGCUGGGGUUGCGUUACAUUUGCGUUGUCCAGAAUGGACAAUACACUGGCCUUGUGCACAAGAAGGCCUUUGUCAAGUUCAUGAAAGAGAACGAAUGA